UUCUUUACACACAUAUAUAUACCAUCAGCUGUAUAAUCUGAUCUGUUAAUUAAAUAAAUAAAAAAAAUUAAAGGAUGGAACCACAAAACCCUAGUUCAUCUUCCUUCAAAGCAGACAGAAAAACCAUAGAAAAAAACAGGAGAAAUCAAAUGAAGGAUCUCUACAACAAGCUCACUUCUCUCGUGCCUCGCCCAAACCCUAGGGAGUUAGUUUCGUUGCCGGAUCAACUAGAAGGAGCAGCAAACUACAUACAGAAGCUGCAGCAUGACUUGGAGAAGAUGAAGCAGAAGAAGAAUUGUCUACUUAUGGGAACAGUGUCCGCAAAUUCGACUACUACUACUGCUACUACUACUACUACUACUAAUAAAUCGAGCAUUUCGAAUACUGAUAAUAAUAAUAAUAAUAAUGGAGGGAUUAAUCUACCGGAUAUCGAUGUUCGUGUAACGGGAUCUGCCCUAGAAGUUGUGGUGAUAACUGGACAAAACAGUCAUUUCAUGUUCAGCGAAAUUAUCCGAAUGCUGCAUGAAGAAGAAGGUGCUGAAGUAGUCAAUGCCAGUUUUUCUAUGCUCCAAGAUUCCGUUUUCCACACUUUGCAUUGCAAGAUUGGAGAGUGUUUAGUGCAAGAUUACGAUGGUGCAGCUGCUGCGAGAAUUUCCGAGAAACUGAGGAAGUUCGUGUACGAAGUUAAUUAGUCAAUAAACGACAUCGAUCUUAUGCAAAUUAAAAGUAAUUAAUUUAUCUCCCUAAUCAAAUAUAAUUUGUGACUUCUGAUUUCAUUUCUUGAGUUUGAGAUAUAUCAGUCAGUUUAUAUUUA